GAUGUAUGGCAGGUGACGUCAAAGGUCUGUCAUUCUGGCGAGCAUCGCCUUCAUCUCAUGUUCAGCAGAUCGUGAUCUGGCUCAGUGGACUUAAACAGCCCUGCUGUAUACGGUGAGAGCCCUCGAAUGAAUGAUUUUGACUUCAAAACGAUGUUCUUGUGAAAUAUCAUGUCUUCAUCAGUGGAAUCGUGUCUUCAUCAGUGGAUAUAUUAACACCUGAAAGGUAUUUCUGCUGAUGUUUCUCUAUAAACUCAGAGAACAUGAUUGGCUCACCAGAUGUGGUGGCUUUUACCAAAGAAGAUGACUUUGGGGACUCAUUCUCAGAUCCGUUGUCACUUCCAGAUGAGUUUUCGGUGCCUUUGUUUACUCAUGCUGCCAAUGCAAAUCCAUGGACGAAGACAUCCUAUGCGAAAUUCUCGAAAGAUUUCAUUCUCAUCUCUGAAUUCUCAGAGCAGGUGGGUCCACAGCCUUUACUCACCAUUCCCAGUGACCCCAAGGUGUGUGGGACGUUUGACCUUAACUAUUUCUCGCUUCGCAUCAUGUCUGUGGACUACCAGGCGUCUUUUGUCGGUCAUCCUCCUGGGAGUAACUACCCAAAGCUUAAUUUUGUGGAGGACUCAAAAGUGGUUCUGGGUGACUCCAAGGAAGGUGCAUUCGCCUACGUCCAUCACCUGACGCUGUAUGAUUUGGAGGCUCGAGGAUUUGUACGGCCCUUCUGUAUGGCCUACAUUUCUGCAGACGAGAGGAAGAUCAUGCAGCAGUUCCAGGAGCUGUCAUCGGAGUUUUCCAAGGCCUCAGAAUGUCUGAAAUCAGGAAAUAGGAAAGCUUUCGCAAACGAGCUGGAAAAGAAACUAAAAGACCUGGAGUACACCAGAUCAGUGUUGCACAAAGAGACGGAGCUGCAGAAAAUGAACAAUGGCUGUUACUCCACACAAGCCAUCGAGAAGGCGAAUGAAUUAGCAAAUGUGGAGAAGUCCAUCUAUGAGCACAAAGAUCUGCUGAGACAAAUCACAUCCUAUCCUUCCAGGAGAAAGAGAGAUGUGGAUUUUGUACAGUGUGAGGCAGAGAAACCUCCUGUAAUGGACGAGACGCUAAAGGACACUAAUCCUUCUGACAGUGCAGAAAACACAGUAGAAACAGAAAGUAGAAAGUCUUCUUACACACCGCAGCUCAUCAAGGCCAAAUCUGCAAAGUGUUUUGAUAAACGCUUGAAAACGCUGGAGGAGCUCUGCGACACUAGCUUUUUCCUCCAAACUCUAGAGCAGCUAAACGCAGUGGAGAAGUCCUUCCGAGGAGAUCUGUGCUUCAUUUACACCAGCCAGAUCGACAGGGCUCUUGUGAGCAAACAAAGAGUUACUAGUUUUCUCUUCGAAGCCGAACACGACUGGGAGGACGGAGGAGCCUCAAAGAACUUCAGUAUUCCUUCCAACAACCCAACAAUCCCCAUCCUGAACUUUUCCGGCGAGCCGCUGAGUCUGGACUCCUACACAACCUGCAUAGACGUAGACCACCUUAAGCCAGGUGUGGAGUCUGGGGAAGGUCCACCUGAGUCCAGCACAUCAGACAUCACACAGGAAACCUCUGAAGCCGCUGACACUGAGACCAAAGGCAGUUUUAGUAGCGACAAGAGUAUAGAGGCUCUAGGAAGUGUUAGUCCUUCCAGUCUACAAACAAAUUUCUUUGAUGGCCUUGAAAGGAGAAGCAAGAUAUCCAUUCCGUCCUAUUCUGACAAUGCAUCUAGCUCUAUUGCUGUCCCACAUAGGAGAUCUGAUGGGAAUCUAGUCCAGAUGGAUGCAGCUUGCUGUAUUGGACAGGAUGGUUUUAUUUUUGAGGAUCCUUUACCUGAGCUUGCUCAGGAGUGUUGCGGCGACACCGUGGUCAACCAAGAGCCUCUGUCUCUUCUUCAUGGAGAUCCUGCCUUACAGAUGGACUACAUUUUGGAAGAGAGCCCCAACAUGGGAUUGACUUUUUCUGAACUCAACACUAGCGUUCUCUCUGAGGAGGUGGCAAAAAUUAACAUCGAGGAUGUAUUUGAUCGCACCAGCUUCAUGAGCAUCUCUACCAGCUCCGACCGAGCCGUGUCUCCUUUCACCUACGGCAGUGCGUUGACCGUAAAGCAGAAGAAGAAAGCUGGUCACAGCGCCCUUCGCUUCAUCAGGCAAUACCCCUUUGCUCAGCAAGCCAUUUCCUGCCUUCUGAGUGGCCGAACACUUGUUAUUCUGGGAGUUGAUGAGGGUACAGUGAGGAAGCUGGUGAACGCUUUAUUCAUUUUUGUGCCAAAUCUGGGAAAGUAUGGUGAAACGGUCCAGCCAUGGCUCUCAACGCCAUUUCAGCUUACAGACCUGCAGAGAUGGAAACUUAUUGGAUUGCAGAGAGCUGUCUCUCCGGCUGGAUCCAGCAUCCUCCACUCUUUGAAUCGAUACAGCCGUUACAUAAGCAUUUUGGACUGUGACAACAAAACCCUCCGGUGUCCGCCAUACAAGGGAACACUAAUAAGCCACUUGGCAGACCACAGGACUCAGAUCAAACGUGGCAGCACCUACUUCCUCCACAUUCAGGGUAUGUUGACUCAGCUUACAGCCAAGGCCUUCCUUUAUACAUUCUGCCAUCACAUUCACCUUCCCAUGGACAUCAACGACCAGGGCUCGGUAACAUCGCGCAGGACUAAUUUCUUGUUGCAGCUCGGCUACACUGUGGAGGAAAGUAAAAUCAUCCAGUACCUGAGUGAGCUCAUCAAGCAGCAUUACAUUCACGGGUCCGCCAAAGUGGGCAACCCGUCUUUUUCUUUUAAUUACACCACCAGCUAUUUGUAUAAGAUCUGAAUGUGUCCGCUGUAUGUUCGACAUUACGUUUCCCAAUCCUGUUCCUAAAGGCACACCAACAGUACACAUUUUCAACCUAAUUAAACACGCCUAAAUCAACUCAUCAGAACAUUAGAGGACUCCAAAACCUGAAGUUAAUGGGUCAAAUAAGGGAGACUGUAAAAUAUGUACUGUUGAUAUGCCUCCAGGAAAAGGGUUGGGAAAUGCUGAAUUAAAGAGAUAGUUCGGCAAAAACUGAAAGUUCGGUCUCUUCGCUUGUUCCAAACCUGGUUGAGUUUCUUCUGUUCACAAAUGAAGACAUUUUAAAGCAGGAAACCAUUAAAUUUCAUCAUUUAUGUUUUUCCUAUAAUGGAGGUCAAUGGUUACCAGUUUUCAGCAUUCUUCACAAUACCUUCUUUUGUUUAAAUAACUAAAACUUCAUAAAGGUUUGGAAUCACUACAGUAGACAGUGCGUAAACAUUUUUGGCUGAACUAUUUUUUAAUCCAGAUAAAAAUCAGGAGACCAAAUGUAUUGAAUGUAAUCGCUUGCAUUUUGUUUGGUUUUUUUGUGUGCAUAUUUCUAAGGCAUUCCAGGAAGCAGCAGGUUGAGCGUUUGGUGUUACAAAAGUGGUCUUGACUGUUUGUUUAGUCUAGUAGAGAUUUCAUAUUUCGAUAUAUUACCAAAUCGUUUGAAAGAGAGGAAAUAGGCUCCUCUUGUGGUUUAAAAACCACAGAUUCAGCAAGUAGACUCAUUUCGAAAGAGGCCAUUAUUUAAGCAUGUAGUUUCCAUUCACAGCUACCCCGGAAAAAAGAAACAGCAGGAGGAUCUCUAAUCGUGAUUUAAUUGAUCUGCUCCUGGGGGCUUAUUUAAUAUUUAAUACUUGCCUUUACAAGGAGUGUGACCGACGGUGCAUGGAAAUCACAAGCAUAAUUGUGACAACACUAAACCUGCUUUACCUUCACCCAACAGCCUUUAUUAAACACAUUAGCAUCAUAUGUAUUAAUAUGAGUAUAGAAAUGGGUCAGUAAUUUAGUUGUUUUGAUACUUGUGUUCUUGAUUUGAGAAAUCGUUAAUGUGCUAAUAUUAAUAUAGGGGAAAAACUUGCUAAGUAAUCGUUUUUUCUGCCCUUUCCAUCUUUUUUUUAUAAUAAUAAUAAUAAAAAGAUUGAAGAUAUUACACAAACAAAAAUGAAGCCAACUGCCCUCUGUGUUUUAAUGUAAUCGUGUGAUACAGUGAAUGAAUGUACUGCAUGUCAAGAUUGUGAAGAACUGUUACACGACCUCCUGCAUGUUUGAAGAACACAAAUGUGAUGACGAAUAAGAUGGCACUUCCAUAGUAUCUCGAGUGUUGUACUGGUCAGACUUUUUAGAUAUAUUUAAAAGGGUUAUAAACCGCUGUCUUAAGUUGUGUACAAGCAUGGAUAACUGUGAGGAUGUGACAUGAACGAGAAUGGUGGUUGUCGUCGAAACCCAUCGUCUGUAAUUGUUAUUCCAACUACUGCAUGUCCGCAGUCGUAGUCCAAAAUUACAGAUCUGAACUGCCACCGCUGUGUUUCCGAUGCAAGUGUGUUUUAAUAUGGAGUUGUUUUGGCUACCCAGUAAUUAUCGGCCUUCGUAACGAUUUGUAAGUCAGAUUUUUCAGCAUCUAAUUGUGGAGUCUGUUGAAUGUAAAUCGAGAAUAAGCCAUACCAUUAUGUGCACAUUAUCUUCUAAGAAGGUUUCCUCGAACAAAUCUUAUUUGCUCUGUAAAUCAUGCUUUGCUACUUUUCUCCAGUCUGUUUCGAGUCCGUGUUGUGAGCUUGUCUGGGAUGAGGUGUAAUCUUCAUGCUCUGGUAUUUAUGUCUAGUAAAUUUUGAGGGUCAUCUAAGUUGCUUCCCACUGUGAAAAUACUCUGCCUUCAAUUUCAUUAAAUUAUUUAUGAUUUUGC